GGUGCCUUAGUCAUCAUGCACGACGUCACAAAUUGACCGGGGUAGCAGAAGAGCUCCAAAUCUUUUGCAUCACGACUCUAAGCUCAUCGCUAAGCGCCAAUUGCAACUGUUACAUUUCUCACUUACAUAUAAUUCGCAAAAAUGGCGAAUGAAGAUCCAGUAGCGGCGGUUAAAUCAAAGUCUGUUUUUGACUAUCUCAACGAUUGGGGCACUGCAUCUCUCCCUCCAUCUCUUCUAGCAACCCUCAUCACCGCUCUACACGCGCGGCCCCCAUCCCUGCCCCUCUUCAUCUUCACACCUCCGCUGCUGUUCUCGUCCUACCUCAACCUGUCCGGCUAUCCAACCGGCAGUGCUGGUCUAACCGCUGCCUGGUCGGGACUCUACGUGCUGUUGGCUCUGCGACGACGUCAGCCUUUCCGUGGUCGGUUCUCGGUCCGAGGGGUCGUGCGUGGCACGGCUAUUGGAUUGGGGGCCGCGAACUGCGUUGCUGGUGGUUGGGUCUAUGCUAAUGGUGAUUUUGAGAAGGAUGAGAAGGCUAGAGUAGACAGGAACCGAUGGGGGAACUAGGAUUAGCGUUGUGUUGGCUGUAUGAUAGAUGUUGUACGAUAUGUUUGAUGUAUGGGAGCGUGGAUUGAGACUUUAGGAGCCGUUGGUCCGGCAGUUGGGUGUGUCGAUUAUGAAUGAAGAUGCAUAUGCGUCACGACAAUGAACAUUUGUCUAUCAAUUUCACAUGGCCAGGAUAACAAACUAGCGCCAGCAAACCU